UUUCAGUUCCCUCCCUCCACUGCUCUCUCUCUCUCUUCCAGUUUAAAGUUCCUUCCACUCCAUUCUCGGUUUUUUUUCAAAAAAAAAAAAUAAAAUCUCAAAGCUCAUCGGAAAGGAAAACCGUGGAAGUUGCAGAGUAGUCAGGACAGUGAUGAAAAUGCCGCUAAAAUCAGCGGCCGUGUUGUUUACUGCUACUUGUGCAGUGCUUUUUGCCGCCAUUGCUAAAGCCGAGGAUCCCUACCUAUUCUUUAACUGGAAUGUUACUUACGGCACCAUCUAUCCACUCGGCGUUCCCCAGCAGGGCAUCUUGAUCAACGGACAAUUCCCUGGUCCUGACAUUCACUCUGUCACCAAUAAUAAUCUCGUUAUCAACGUGUUCAACAGCUUAACCGAACCUUUUCUCCUUUCCUGGAGCGGAAUCCAAAAUAGGAGAAACUCCUAUGUGGAUGGAGUUUACGGGACAACGUGCCCAAUUCCUCCGGGCAAAAACUACACAUACAUCCUUCAAGUGAAAGAUCAAAUCGGAAGCUUCUAUUACUUCCCUUCCCUCGCAUUCCACAAGGCUGCUGGCGGAUUUGGAGGCUUCAGAAUUCUCAGCAGAUCUGUAAUCCCUGUUCCUUUCGCCGAACCAGCUGGUGAUUUCACUGUUCUUAUUGGAGAUUGGUACAGCAAGAACCACACGGUCCUGAAGAGAAUUCUUGACGGGGGCCAUAAGCUGCCUUUCCCCGAUGGGAUACUUAUUAACGGACGCGGUCCUAAUGGCACCUCCCUCACUUUUGAACAAGGAAAAACUUACAGACUCAGAAUAUCAAACGUUGGAUUGCAACAUUCCCUCAACUUCCGCAUUCAGGGACACAACUUGAAGCUGGUAGAAGUGGAGGGUACUCAUACCUUGCAAAAUACCUAUUCAUCAAUUGAUGUUCAUGUUGGCCAGUCCAUGUCUGUUCUAGUUACAGCAGACCAGCCUCCCCAGGACUACUUCAUCGUGGUAAAUACCCGGUUCACUAGUCCCAUCAUCACUACCACUGGUUUUCUUCGCUACGCCAACUCAAACCGCCGCGCCUCAGGUCCAAUUCCUGGUGGACCCACCAUCCAAGUCGACUGGUCACUAAAUCAGGCCCGUUCUAUUAGGACUAAUCUCACAGCAAGUGGACCAAGGCCUAAUCCACAGGGUUCAUACCACUAUGGCAUGAUAAACACAACCAGAACCAUCAGGCUGGCCAGCUCUGCUGGACGGGUCAAUGGCAAGCAGAGAUAUGCUGUCAAUAGCGUCUCUUUUGUGCCGGCUGACACUCCGCUAAAAUUGGCUGAUUUCUUCAACAUUCCUGGAGUUUACCGUGUUAACAGCAUACCUAGUGCUCCUACAGGCGGAGGAAUUUACCUAGACACAUCUGUUCUGCAGGCUGACUACAGAGCCUUCAUUGAGAUUGUAUUUGAGAACAACGAGGACAUCAUACAAAGUUGGCACCUCGAUGGUUAUGCUUUCUUUGUAGUCGGAAUGGAUGGAGGACAGUGGACACCAGCUAGUAGAAAUGGAUACAAUCUUAGAGAUGCAGUUUUCCGCAGCACAACUCAGGUAUAUCCCAAGUCAUGGACCGCAAUUUAUGUUGCACUUGACAACGUUGGAAUGUGGCACCUGAGGACAGAGUUUUGGGCGCGACAGUACCUUGGACAACAAUUCUACUUGAGGGUCUAUACAUCAUCAACUUCUCUCAGGGAUGAAUUUCCCAUUCCAAAGAAUGCACUUCUUUGUGGAAGAGCAUCUGGCCACCAUACCCGGCCAUUAUAAUCUAUAAUACUAAACUAGCGAAUUACUCCAAGAAAGUUCCACGAAGUAGCCAGCAGCCGCGGAGAAGUUUGGUUACGAUUAGCUCUAGUAAAUUAAGAGCAUAAUUUUGCUGGCUUAGCUUGUAGGAGGACAAAGUAAGAUUUAGCAUUUUGCUAAUCUCGUUCUUUCGUGUUCUUGGGUGCCAAAUUAGCAUCACUUAUUAGGAUCACGCAUCUUAGCUACUUCGAAAAGACCUUGCCUCGAGGUCUCAUUCUUUAAAUUUCUGCCCAGAAUUGUGUAUUUCCUUUAACCCUUUACCUUCCAUAUAUUUAUCUUCCAUAUAUACCGUUAUGUUUUGAUUAUUGAUAAUAAAUUUACUCCUGUUUUUUCUUUCAAA